UCAAGAUGACUCAGGAGACAAACCAGACCCCAGGGCCCAUGCUGUGUAGUACAGGAUGUGGAUUUUAUGGAAAUCCUAGGACAAAUGGGAUGUGUUCCGUUUGCUAUAAAGAGCAUCUUCAGCGACAGCAGAAUAGUGGUAGAAUCAGCCCAAUGGGAACAGCCAGUGGUUCAAACAGUCCUACCUCAGACUCUGCAUCUGUACAGAGAGCAGACACUAGCUUAAACAACUGUGAAGGUGCUGCUGGCAGCACAUCUGAAAAAUCAAGAAAUGUGCCUGUUGCCGCUUUGCCUGUAACGCAGCAAAUGACAGAAAUGAGUAUUUCAAGAGAGGAAAAAGUAACACCGAAAACAGAGACUGAGCCAGUUGUUACUCAACCAAGCCCAUCAGUUUCUCAGCCUAGUACUUCGCAGAGUGAAGAGAGAGCUCCUGAACUGCCCAAACCAAAGAAGAACAGGUGUUUCAUGUGCAGAAAGAAGGUUGGCCUUACAGGAUUUGACUGCAGAUGUGGAAACUUAUUUUGCGGACUUCACCGUUAUUCUGACAAGCAUAACUGUCCGUAUGAUUACAAAGCAGAAGCUGCAGCAAAAAUCAGGAAAGAGAAUCCAGUAGUGGUGGCUGAAAAAAUACAGAGAAUAUAAGUUAACCUGCUUGUGAAAAGACUGACUGACUUUUUGUUUUGUUUCUAAUAAAUCCUAGGAAAACACAAAAGAGCAGGUGCAUGGCCAUUUUCCUUUGUUCUCCAAAGUUUUGCUUUUAGUCUUGUCUGUCUUAAUGAUAUUUCAGAAUGUUUGGGUGUUUGUUACAGGCAGAAUUGGAUAGGUACAGCCCUUGAAAAUAUAUAUGCCCUCCCCAGAAUAUACUUUGAUCAGAAAACUGCACAGGAAUACACAUGCACAGAGGACAGACUGUAGUUCACAUGUGCCAAACAGAUGUAUGCUAUCUGCAUGGUUGCAGCAGAUCUGCCUUUUGAGAUGUGUUUGAGGUAUGUAAUCUUUGGCUAGUGUUGUGUGACUGUUUUGGAGAA